AAUGUAAACAAAUUCUUCAAACUGAAUUCACAAAAAGCAGGACAAUUUCAAGAGACGUUGUACCAGUGAUCUUAUGCUACUCCUACCAUGGACAUUUUAAUCAUAGUUUGCCUUUUUUUCUACUUGGGAAGAAGUUGGGGACAGGAGCAAGUGUAUGUUAUCUCAGCACCUAAAGUAUUCUAUCUUGGAACCUCUGAAAAUGUUGUAAUUCAGGCUUAUGGAUAUAUGAAAUCAUUUUCUGUGAUCAUUACUAUUAAAAGUUAUCCUGAAAAAAGUUUUACAUAUGCUUUUGACCAAGUUGAUUUAUCUCCAGAGAAUAAAUUUCAAAACUCUGCAAACUUAACUAUACAGCCAAAAGAUUUAUCUGGUGGACCAAAUGCAGUUUCAUAUGUAUAUUUAGAAGUUGUAUCAAUCCAUUUUUCAAGAGAAAUAAAAAUCCCACUAAGCUAUGACAAUGGAUUUCUUUUUAUUCAGACAGACAGAUCUGUUUAUAAUUUGGAACAACCAGUGAAAGUUAGAGUUUACUCAUUGGAUAACGACCUAAAACCAUCCCCAAGAGAAGUUACUUUGAUAUUUAUAGACCCCGAAGGAUCAGAAGUUGCCACGGUAGAAGAAAAAAGUUGCACAGGGAUUCUCACUUUUCCUGACUUCAAGCUCCUGUCCAAUCCUAAAUAUGGCCUUUGGACAAUUGAAGCUAAAUAUAAAGAAGACUACACAACAACAGGAACUGCAUAUUUUGAAGUUAAAAACUCUGGUGACUUCUCCAAAGAAACUGAUGUCAAAUAUGGUCUGUCUCCAUACACACUGGAUUUGGUUGCUACUCCUCUUUCCUUGAAGCCUGGAAUUCCAUAUUUUAUCAAGGUGCAGGUAAAGGACACUUUUGAUCAUUUUGUAGGAGGAAUUUCAGUAACCCUAAAAGCAAAAACAGUGGAUAAAAAUCAGGAGAAAAGAGAUCUGGAUCCAAGGAAUAGGACAACAAAUUAUCAGGAUGGCAUAGCUUCAUUUAUGGUUAACAUCCCCACUGAUGUGACAGCUCUGGAGUUUCAUGUUAGAACUGAUGACCCCGACCUUCCUGAACAAUGUCAGGCCAGACGUUACUAUCAAGCAGUGACCUACUCAUCACCCAGCCAAAAUUUCCUUUCCCUUAGCUGGACAAGUAGUUACCGGAGUUUGCUUGUGGGAGAACAUCUAAGCAUAACUGUUACCCCUGAAAGUCCUUAUGUCGACAAAAUUAAACACUACAGUUAUUUGAUUUCAUCUAAGGGGAAAAUUGUACACUUUGGCACAGAGAAGAGAAUCCCAGGUUCAUCUUCCCAAAUUUUAAACCUUUCUGUGACUCAGCAAAUGGUUCCUACAGCUCAUCUCCUGGUCUACUACAUCAUUACAGGAGAGCUGACAGAGUUAGUGUCUGACUCUCUCUGCCUAAACAUUGAAGAAAAGUGUGGCAACCAGCUCCGGAUCCAUCUGUCUCCAAGUAAAGAUGCACAUUUUCCAGAUGAAGCUAUAUCGCUUAUUAUGGAAACUCAGUCAGAGUCGUGGGUAGCAUUAACGGCUUUGGACAGUGCUACAUAUGGCAGCCAAGAGAGAGGCAAAAGUCUCCUGGAAAGAGUAUUUGGAGCUUCAGGGAAAAUUGACCGGGGCUGUGGAGUGAGUGGUGGCAGUAACAAUGCCGAGGUGUUCGAUGCAGCUGAGCUCACUGUCCUCACCAAUGCAGGGGCAGACAAGUCCCAACAAAUUGCAGAUGGAUCACAUAAGAACAUUAACAGAUCAAGAAGAUCCUUGAAAGAAGAAAUAGACAAUCUAGCGUCUCAGUUCAGACACCCUGUCGUCCAGAAGUGCUGCUAUGACGGAGCCCGCGAAAGCGAGAAGACAUGUACAGAGAGAGCAGCGCAGAUUACUGUUGGCCCAAGGUGUGUGGCAGCUUUCUCUCGGUGCUGCAGGCGGGCAUCUGAGUUGCGAGGCUAUGAUACUCACAAGCUAAUACUCCUGAGCCCAGGAAUAGGGACAGAGUAUCCCUCCAGGUUUGUCUCAAACUCACAGAGAUCCUCCUGUCUCAGCCUCCAGAGUGCUGACAUCACAGAACUUCCAAAAAUUCCCACACUGUCAGUCCAAGUUCCAAGAAGAACUGUUUCAGAAAACUGGUUGUGGGAAGUACAUCAUGUUCCUAAAAGGCAUCAGAUGGAGUUGACAGUACCUGAUUUCCAAACCACAUGGGAAAUUCAAGGUGUUGGCAUUUCAGAUAAAGGUCUGUGUGUUGCUGAUGUGCUGAUGUUGCAAGUCUAUGAAGACCAAUUCCCUGUCAUCAACAACAGUGCUAUAGGACUCAAUUAGAAGGAACAAUUUCUUACAUCAAAACCACAGGACUCUAAGUAAGUAGCCCUCGGCUCAGAAAUGCUGGUUGGUGCUUCAGCAACCUCCUGGACUGCAAUCUGCUAGGUACCAGGAUAGUGGAACAAAGAAUUAGCCCUGCCCGAUAAUGUGUAGAAGAUCUGUUCCAGCCUCUGACUGCUCACCCCUGGAUUUCUUUUAUGUGAGAGGGAAAUAAAUGCUUGUUUCAUUUAA